UGUUGUAUCCGGUUCCGGUGAAUGACGGAAAAUUGACAAUAAUAAUUACCGAAGAUAGUAAGAAGAUAGAAUAGGAGAAAUAAAGAUAGAUAGAAAGAUAAAAUGAACCCAGCGGCUGUAGCAGCACCAGUAGAAGAUGUCCAGGGGGACGGACGAUGGAUGAGUCUGCAUCAUCUGUUUUUAAAUGAAGCUAAAGAAAGAGAACCUGAGGUUAUUUUUAUCGGUGAUUCGAUUGUAUCAAAUCUUGCUCAAACCCAGCUAUGGCAACAGAUGUUUGAACCGUUACAUUGUAUAAAUUUUGGUAUUGGAGGAGACCAAACACAACAUAUUUUAUGGAGAAUUCAAAAUGGAGAAUUGGAGGACAUGAGACCAAAGGUGGUAGUUUUAAUGGUGGGGACGAAUAAUCAUGGUCAUACAGCCGAACAGAUAGUUGGUGGAAUAACAGAAAUCGUAAAUCUUAUACAUACCAAACAACCACAGGCACAGCUUAUUGUCAUGGGUAUUCCACCUCGAGGAGAAAAACCAAAUCCACUACGAGAAAAAAUUCAGCAAAUAAACAAAAGUCUCGCUGAUCAAUUACAGGACAUGCCAAAUACCCUCUUCUUGAAUACUGAUUGGUCAGUAUUUGUGAACUCAAAUGGGGUUAUCAACCAUCAUGAUAUGUUCGACUUUCUGCAUUUAACACAGAUUGGAUACCAAAAAAUUUGUGAGCCCUUAUUAGAAGAAAUACAGAAUUAUUUACAAACAUUUAUUAAGGUGGAAAGUACAUCAAUUGAGACAGCCUCUAUGGCUGGAGAACUUGCUGGAGAUAAAUAAUUUCUCAGUAUAUCUGUCAAAUUCCAAUCAUGUUCGCUUUAUGUAACAUCAGUAAAAUAUCAAAAGACCGAAACAAUUUCAAAAGAGACAAAUUUAUUUUAAUCCAAAGAAUUUAUUGACAUUGGUCAAGUUGCAUGGAUAAUUAUCUGUUUGGCUUAUUUUCUUGUGAAAUGGCUUGAUAUAAAAUUCCUUUUGAAAAAUAAACCAAGAUGGCAUUGAUUUACGGAAAAACCCCAUGAUAUCUAGCAGAGAUAUGCAGUAUUAAAGUACAAAUAAAGAAAUUUUGAAAACAAGGACUUAUGCUAUGAAACAUUAAUUAAAGAGUAAUAUUGACUGAUAAAAAUAAUGGGGGCUGUUCGCUCACCACGUCAGUUAUAAGACUAACACUUCAGCAUUAAGUUCCGCUUUUUGAUAUUUUACUGACAAUGUCUUAUGAAUUAUCACGUUUCAGCAUGCUUCAAGUCCGCAUAAAAAAACAUUCCUUUAAGAAUUGACUCUUGAUUCUCCCUUUCUGUUGACUAUUUCAAUUUUGUAUAUUUUGCUUAGCAGAAAUUGUUUUGUCCAAAAAGGAGUUAUUCCCCCUGAAUAUGUCUUUGCGGAGCAUGACUUUGUUGGUUGUCUAUUUUCAGUCUGGUUGUAGAGAUAAUUCCCAUGCAGAAAGUUAAUCUAUCAUGAAUUCUGGAUUAGAGUUAAAAUUACCUAACCCUAAUCCCAGCCAAGUAUGUAACUUGGUGUGCGGGAAUUCCCCUAACUGACCCUCUUUCCCAUGAUUAGGAGAUUUAUAUUUAGAAUAAUAAAUAAUUAAUAUGGAUAAUACUUUGUUGGUAGGAAACAUCAAAUGUAUUUAUACCUAUCAAAGUAUCCAUAACAUAAGCUAUAAGUAUUAGAAUAUAUGAAAUGAAUUUAACUGUAUUUGCUUUAAUAUCGAUCAAUCAUUCCAAUGCUAUGAAAUAUAUAUUGUAUGUAAAUAUUAUUAUUAUUAUUUAAGGCUGCAAUGAUAUGGUCAAACACAUAUGAAAUGAAUUGAAAUAGGGUUUAAUGUCCUACUUUCCUGCACCAAACCAAUGUGGUAAAACACAGAUUGCAUGUAUUGGGGUGGGUGGCUUUUCUUCAGAUUGUAAAGGCCCGUAAUCGAUUCAAAGUAUCAAACUUCGGUAUUGUUUCAUUCACUACAUGUAGAUGUAUCAUGUGUUAGUCCCAAAAUCACCUGGUUUGUGUUAAAUUGGAUGACAAAGUUUAUAUUUCUUUUUACCAUGUCAAAUAAAACAAAUAUUCAUGUUUUGACCGAAAUGUAUGUAGAAACCUUUUAAAAAUUUGAUCCUCCCAAGAACAUGGAGCUUGUAAUAUGUGUUUGUACUCUAGUUACAGAUAUAUAUAUAUAUAGAAACGGUUUGAUUCUGUUUUACACCUUUCAAUAUCAUCCUAUUGUUGCAGCCUUAAUUAUUAUUAAGUUGUGGAGCUAAAUGUUUAAAUGAAUAUGUUGUAUUGUACGUACAUUUAAAUAUUGAAUAUUGCCAUGUAUUAUUAUUUUUUUUGUGGUUAUCAGGGAUAUCACUACAGUUUUAAUUAUUACUGGUUAUUGUUUAUGCAUUUAUAACCAAUUUUAAAUGCAUUUCUAUAUUAUAAAGUCAUUACAAUGCUGUAGAAUUAUGAAAAAAUUAUUUUAUUUUUUAUUUUGCAUAUCUCACCCAUCAUUUUGACAAAUAUUAUGUUUGUUUUGAGGCUGUGCAAAAAAUAAUGGUUGGGUAAUCAUUUAAAGCUGAUGUUUGUCAUUUGAGAUAUUUUGAACACCUAGUUAACAACAAUAUAGUGAAAGUUGAAUCUCCAAAUGGAAUAUCAGUCCAAAUAUCACUCAGUUUCGUUCAGUAUUUACACAAAUAUGAAUUUAAAAUUUUGCCGCAAUCGAUAUCAUCUACAUACGAUAUAAACAAGCAAGCACCACCUAUAAGUCUUGGGUAAAAUCUUUUGGUGAGUUUUCGUUUAAUCUAAAUGAAUCCAUCAGGGGAGAUUAUCUACUAUUGAUAUUUUUGGUUGGGUUUUCUUAAUUAAAUGCCAAAUAAUCAUUUUAGCAUGGAUAAAGCCAUGAAUAGUUAGAUAUUGUCUGCAAAUGGCGAUCAGCAGCAUAAAAGAUGAGAACACAAAUUAACCUAAGAAAAAAAAGUAAUUGAACAGGAACAAUCAUGUUUAUAAAUCAUUUUUGUGGCUAUAUUUUAAAUAUAUGCAUAGACUUUACUAAUCUUUUCUGUGUAACUGUUAUUGGUCUUAUCUGCCAAUCUUUAAAUUGUCCAACUGCAGAAUUUACAUGUCAUAAAAUAAAGUGUAUCAAAGAAUUUAACCUAAAAACACAACAAUUAUAGCCAACAGAUAUAAAGACUUAAAUAUUGAUUUAAAAAUGUUCAAAUGUUUGCUUGGUGCACAAAAAAUUUCCACCAAACACUCUGUUUGGUUAUGUUACAAUGAGUCUACUGAAACCACAUUUGUUUAUGCGAGGGCUGUAUCAGAACUAUCCCUGUAGCAAUGAUAGCCACACCCCCUCGACAACAUCAUGACUAUGCAUCUUUCUCCGACAAGCCAGGACUUCCGAGGUUUGCAAAAACUGCUCUGUCUGUAGGAAUGUUUUAACAUCACUACCAUCUUUUUCAUCCUGAAGAAAAGUUGUACAUAUAUUUAUAAGAAAACAUUAACUUUAAAUUUGACAUUUUACUGAAUAUUUACAUCCUAUAAGACAGGUGUGUGACUAUCAAAUGACAAUGUCAUAAUCUGAUUGAUUUGCUUGAUGUUUGUACGUCAUUCAGAUUGACAUCGGGGAUAGGUCAAUUGUGUCAAUAAAUGAAGUAUAUAUAACUAAGAAACAUUUGGAUCAGGGGCGGACUGGGCCUCGGUCAAGAAAACCAAUUGGUCUGAGUGCCAAGAGCUACCCAGUCCGUUACUGGUGGUCAUAUUAAAUUUGAAAUGUUUUAUGUGUAUAUUUUGAAUUUUUUUAUUUCAAAAAUCUAGUCAUAUAUAGGUGAGGUCCCAUAAAUGUCUUAUUUAUCUACUACACAUCAUAGGCAGAGCCUAUUGCCACAUAUUUAUUUUUCCAUAUCAUCACCGGCAUCGCACCAACUAAAUCAGAUAGGUGUUUAUAUUGAUCAUUUAGCCUACUAUUCCUAAACAUUGAUUAGGGCUUUUAGUGAGGUUUAAAAGCCAAAAGCAAGAUAUUAUUACUUAAACUACAGAUUCCACUAUCACACACAUGCAUUUCUAUUAAAAUCCAAUAUUUCCAUCAUUUUGUUUAAACAUAUAUUAUGCAAGAGCUAAAUCUGCCUAUUGCAGGUCUUUCUUUAGGCAUGAAAUGUUAUCUAAUUAUUAAUUAGACAUUAGUUAAUUUAUCCAGUCCAUAAUCAACUCUCGAUGUCAUCGCUAGCCUGCAAUAUUUACUGGAUUAGGAUCCGAUCUGCUGCCCUAUGCUCAUUCAUGAUUAAAUCAAGAAAUGGAUAAUCAAGGCUAUGUAUUUUAUUGUACCGACUUUAGUAAUGAUGAUCUAGGCUAGGCCCAAAAUUCAAUCGAUAAAUUCUCGGUUAAGAGUGGAUCAAUUUUCAGCAAAUUGCCUUUACAUUAUCUAGUUUUUAACUAUUAUAAUGAGAACUGUCAGCUCUUUAUCUAAUCUCCCAUAAUGUAUCUUUAAAUAAUUUAAGAUUGGCACAGUGCUGGCAUCAUUAUUUUGGAUCACUGUUCCUUUCUUUACUAGUAAGAUGGCUUACAGAAGAACCACUCAGCAAAAUGUAAACACAACAAACAAUACAGAGUUUUAAAAUUAAAUCUCCCAGUAGUUAAUAUUGUAUCUUAGUUGUGUCUUUUAUUUGGUACCAGUAGCAGCCUUUCUUGCUAAUAUUUUAUUAUUGUUUUGAUAUUCUUACAGAUAUUAAAAUUUAGGAGAUUUAUAGAAUUCAAGAAAAUGUGACUGGUAUGUAGAAAAAAAAAAUGCUUUGUUAGUGCUGUGUAACACUUCUGUCUCCACCAAAUGGAUUAUAGACAAAAAAUUUCUUUCUAUGUGGACGAAAUACUCUAUUUUCUUUUAAGAAAUAAUUGUACAAUGUAUUAUAUUUUUCUUGUCAGUAUUGUAUAAUCAGGUAUAAUGUUAUUAUUAUGUUUAUUAUGGCAAUCAUAUUAUAUUAUUUAUAGUUAUUAAUACAAUUUGGGAAAAUAAGCUUAUGUUAAAGAUGUUCCCGUGAGGUUAUUUAUCUCAUACAACCUAAAAUCUUAUAAUUAUUGUAAGUGUACAGAAGAAAACUAUACUCCUAGUUCAAAUUAUGAAGUAUGUAUCUACCGUGAAAUAUCCUCUUAAUGUCAUGGUUGUUGUUAAAACAUAAAAGCACUGAACUCUACCAUGCUUGUGUUAUUGCUAGGGAUGGCAGAUACUAAAAAGAUUCAGUGGUUGCAGGGUUUUUAUUUUGAAUUCUAGACAAUGAAUAAAAUAUUAAAAACUGCAAUUGUGGGAGUUAUUCAUUAAAUAUGAUAUGUAUCUGGAAAUUAGUUAAUUUAUUUACUGUUUACCCAGUAAUGUGUUCAUUUUGUUGAUAUAUAUGAUGUUAUAUGGUGCACAUAAUAUUGUAAAAGUCCAUAUCUAUAGAACAAGUAAAUGCUCAUCAAAUAA